GUGCAGGCGGGGCAGCGGUUCCGAGGCUCGGGCGCGUGGGCCAGGUCUUCACUGCUUGCUGAGCACCGGAGCGGGAGCUGUCCGGCAUCUCUCGAUCUUCUCGCCAUGGGCGACGUGGACUCCUCUUCGGGCUCCAGCGCCUCCUUUCCCAAGUACCUGGAGCACCUCUCUGGGGAUGGCAAAGCCAUCGGUGUCCUGACCAGCGGCGGGGAUGCCCAAGGUAUGAACGCUGCUGUCCGUGCUGUGGUGCGCAUGGGAAUAUACGUGGGGGCCAAAGUGUACUUUAUAUAUGAGGGUUACCAAGGCAUGGUGGAUGGAGGCUCCAAUAUUGUGGAAGCCAACUGGGAGAGUGUCUCCAGCAUUCUACAAGUGGGUGGGACGAUCAUCGGCAGUGCCCGUUGCCAGGCCUUUCGCAGCCGGGAAGGGCGCCUGAAAGCUGCCUGUAACUUGGUGCGUUUGGGCAUCACCAACCUAUGCGUGAUCGGCGGGGACGGAAGUCUCACAGGAGCCAACCUCUUUCGGAAGGAGUGGAAUGGACUGCUGGAAGAGCUGGCUAAGAACGGUGAGAUCGAUAAGGAUGCAGUGGAGAAGCACUCCUACCUCAAUGUGGUGGGCAUGGUGGGCUCCAUCGACAAUGACUUCUGCGGCACAGACAUGACUAUUGGUACAGAUUCGGCUCUGCACCGAAUUAUUGAAGUUGUUGAUGCCAUCAUGACCACUGCCCAGAGCCACCAGAGGACCUUCGUCCUGGAGGUGAUGGGGAGACACUGUGGUUACUUGGCCUUGGUGAGCGCCUUGGCUUGCGGUGCCGACUGGGUGUUCCUUCCGGAGUCUCCACCCGAGGAAGGCUGGGAGGAAAACAUGUGCCUGAAACUCUCAGAGAACCGCGCCCAAAAAAAGAGGCUGAAUAUUAUCAUCGUGGCUGAAGGAGCAAUUGAUACCCAAAAUAAACCAAUCAGCUCUGAGAAAAUCAAGGAGCUUGUGGUGAAGCAGCUGGGCUUUGACACCCGGGUGACCAUUCUUGGACACGUGCAACGAGGAGGGACCCCUUCUGCGUUUGACAGGAUUUUGGCCAGUCGCAUGGGGGUGGAAGCUGUCGUUGCCUUGAUGGAGGCUACACCUCAGACCCCGGCCUGUGUGGUAUCUCUGAGAGGAAACCAUGCUGUGCGCCUGCCUCUGAUGGAGUGUGUGCAGAUGACCCAGGAUGUACAGAAGGCAAUGGAUGAGAGGAGAUUUAAGGAUGCCGUACAACUCCGAGGGAGGAGUUUUGAGGGAAACCUGAAGACCUACAAGCGUCUUGCCGUGAAGCUGCCCGAUGACAAGAUCCCAAAGAGCAACUGCAAUGUGGCUGUCAUCAAUGUAGGGGCACCCGCAGCUGGAAUGAAUGCAGCUGUGCGCUCCGCUGUUCGAGUCGGCAUUGCAGAUGGUCACAGGAUGUACGCAGUCUACGAUGGCUUUGAUGGCUUCGCCAAAGGCCAAGUAAAAGAAAUCAGGUGGGGAGAUGUUGGAGGAUGGACUGGACAAGGAGGGUCCAUUCUUGGGACAAAACGCACCCUACCUGGAAAGCACUUGGAGAGUAUUGCCAAACAGAUGCGUUCCCACAGUAUCAGCGCGCUUCUAAUCAUUGGUGGAUUUGAGGCCUACCUGGGACUCCUAGAGCUGGCAGCUGCCCGGGAGAAACACGAGGAGUUCUGUGUCCCUAUGGUUAUGGUUCCCGCUACUGUCUCCAACAAUGUGCCGGGUUCCGAUUUCAGCAUCGGGGCAGACACGGCUCUGAACACUAUCACAGACGCUUUCCAAGCUGCGAUCAUGCUGGCUGAUGGUCGAAACAGCUACGAGGAGUUUUGCAUCCCGAUAUGCGUUUUGCCUGCCACUAUUAGUAACAAUGUCCCGGGCACAGAUUUAUCUAUCGGUUCUGAUAGUAGCCUGAAUGUGAUUAUCGAGACGUGUGACCGAAUCAAACAGUCGGCCAGUGGGACCAAGCGCCGGGUGUUCAUCAUUGAGACCAUGGGCGGAUACUGUGGCUACCUGGCCAACAUGGGGGGACUCGCAGCGGGAGCCGACGCUGCCUACAUCUUUGAAGAGCCAUUUGACAUCAGAGAUUUACAGUCCAAUGUGGAGCACUUGACAGAGAAAAUGAAGACCACCAUCCAGAGGGGCCUGGUACUCAGAAAUGAAAGCUGCAGUGUAAAUUACACCACUGACUUCAUUUACCAGCUCUACUCAGAGGAAGGCAAAGGGGUGUUUGACUGCAGGAAAAACGUGCUGGGCCACAUGCAGCAGGGGGGAUCACCUUCUCCAUUCGAUAGAAACUUUGGAACCAAAAUCUCUGCGAGAGCUAUGGAGUGGAUCACAGACAAACUGAAGGGGUCCCAGGGCACAGGGAAAAAAUUUGUUAGCGAUGACUCCAUUUGUGUCCUGGGAAUAAGCAAAAGAGACCUUCUGUUUCAACCAGUGGCGGAACUGAAGAAAGAAACUGAUUUUGAACACCGGAUCCCCAAGGAGCAGUGGUGGCUGAAACUGCGGCCUCUCAUGAAGAUCUUGGCCAAGUACAAGGCGAGCUAUGAUGUGUCUGAUGCAGGCAAGCUGGAGUCCUUGGGACACCACCACGCCACCUCCCAUGGAGAACCGGCAGCCAUCUGAUCAAGCAUGUUAUCACCUGACCUACACACUUGUCUAGAGAAGCCUGUAAUGUUCCCCAGGGACCAUGCUUUUUGUAACAUAGUUAUUUAUCAGCACUUUAUGCAAGUAUUGUUGACCGGGUAUUGUCAGCAGUAAUAAUCAGAGAGCACCACUUGCCAUAAUCACCGACCCAUCAGAGCCCGCGCGAAAGGAAACCCAGCCCCAUGUGCUUGAUCCAGUGUCUAUUUUCUACUGUACGGGGUACUGUCUUGUGCUUUACCAUGUGUGUGUCUUGUGGAAUUAAACAUUUGGCUACAAC